AUGACUGAUAUUACUAAAGUUAUUUGUCAAGAACCAACAAUUAUUGAAAAACUUGAAUUAAAAUAUCCAACAAUUAAAAAAUUAUUUGAUGCAAAACCUAAACAAACAUUAGAUAAAUUAAAGUCUGCUGGAUCAUUAUAUACUAAGGUUUUUAAACAAACUUUAGUUGUUAAUCAUAGUUCAAAUGAUGAUAACAUUAAAGCUUGGAAUGAUUAUUUAUCUGCUAUUGAAAGUUAUUUAGCCAAUAUUUGUAAUAAAAUGACAUUAAAAGAUCCUCAUGAUGGUACUGAAUAUAAUUUAUAUGAACAUUUACGACCUGCAAGACAAGUUUUAGCAGAAGAAAUUCAGAGAAAACAUUAUGAUAUUUAUAAUUAUUGGCCUAAAGUAGGAGAAUCACAAGAAAGUAAUGUUGAAUUGUGUAUAAAUGGUGCUUAUAAAAGUGGUAAUAAUUUUUAUGUUAUUUGGAGUUGUAUCAGUUGGAUUAAAGUUAAAGAUUAUGUUUUGACUGAUAGUAUAUAUAAUGCUAGUUUUGAAGGAAAACCAGAUAUUAAAUUAGUUAUUUUUAAUUUUGAAAAAUUACAACGAUUAGAAAAAUCAGCAAAUAAUGAUUAUGAAAAAGCAUUAAAAUCUUUCGGUACAACUGAAUCAUUAGAAUAG